AUGCCCCGGCGUCACCCCCGCUCCUGGGCCCAGCAGGUGGCGCCCGAGGGGCUCCCCGGCGAUGGCGUUCGCCGAAGGAAAGACCCGGGGCUGCCCAGGCUACUUCUGCCUGAGCUCCGAGCAUCCUCUGGCGUGCGGGGCUUCUCCCGGGGGUCGAGGGCCUCGGGGAGCGGCGCCGACUGGUGGGAGGACGCGGGGUGUGAGGCCUCGCACUUAGAUCCCGGGGUGGGCGUCAGGCGCUCCCGGCCGCGCCUGCCCGCCUUGCCCACCCUGGCCCAGCGGGCGGCGAGGAACCGGACAGGGCUGAGGCCGCAACUGCUGCCGCCCCUGCUCUGGGCCCGCGAGCCUCAGGAACCGGCGCCCUCGCGCCCCGGGCCUGGACCGUGCGAGGACCCGCGCAGGGGCUCCGCCAAGGAGGUCCCCGACUCCUUGAGCGCCCUCGUAGGAGAGCUCCUCCCCGGCCGGUUCCGAGAAUUCCUGUGCCAGCUCGGAGUCCAGUGUACCCAGCAGACAAAGCCACCGACACCCUCAGCAUCGCAACAUCAACGGGGUGUAUCAGAGCACUGCAGAAGUUCUCAGUGUCCCAGCGGCUCCUUCCUCCCAGACCUCCAGGACCAGUCAUCACACUUCAAGAAUAGUCUGAAGAAGAUUUUGCUCCAUCAGAUACCUGCCCUGGGGCCCUUGAGGAGAGACCACUCACAAUUUACCACAGUCAAGGCCAACCAGCCCCACUCUACACAGGGUCCCAAGCUCAAGGCUGUGCUCACCCACAACUCCUCGGGGGAAGGCUCAGGCCACCGCAGGCGGUGUUGCCCUUUCCGAGUGCGGUUUGCUGAUGAGACACUGAGGGAUGCAGCACUCCGCUACUGGGAGCGCAGCUGUGCAGCACAGCAGGGUGUCACCAAGAACAGGACAGCCAACCGGUCAGGGCCAGCGGCAUCAGAGCGGGUGUUAGGGAGUGUCGGGAGAUGGCUGGAGAGUUUGCCCAAAGCCCUGUACCCCGGAGCCAAGGAGGAGACCCUGGACAACUCAUUCACCUGGGACUUCCCUGGCCUGUCCACCCAGGAGCUGAAGGGCCACCUCUCUGAGGACACCUCCAUGAACAGCAGCCUGCCCUUCAUCCCUAGGGCCACCAUCCCGAGGCAGCGGGGGGACCUCAAAACCUUCCUGGAGCAGGUGGGCAAAUCACCCUGUUCCUGGAGCCAGAAGCUGGAGUCCUUCCUGCCCAGCCUGGUGUUGCACACUGUCCUGAAACGAGGCCACCCUAAGGGGUACCAGCUCCUUCUGCCUUCCCCUCCAUCUUUGACUGGAGCCAAAGGCAGUCUGCUGACCACCUCUAUGGGGUGA